AAAAUGAACGGCGGAAAUUCUGGAGCGGUGUUUUUUCUGGGGACUAGAGCACAUUAUCAGGUCCUCAAUCAACCCGACCGUCCUUUUGACGUGGAAAACGGGAACUCUUCCCAAACUGGCUCCACAGCUAGCUCCCUUUGGCCAGACACGGACUCGCAGAACAACGAGCGAUGGUGCAACGACAACGAUAUUAACGUAAACGAGGACAACAAUACGGGAGUGAAGAGGCGAGCUAAACGGCGGCCGAGUGAGACGGCGCUAUGCGAGGACAUGAGACCAGCGCAGCUAAACGGCAAUGUUGAUGACAGUGACACACCAAAAUCCAAAGGCCGUCGCGUGAACAUCUUCAACGCAAUAACUUCGCUCGCGCGACGCAAACGUCGCCUGCAGUCGCACACCUACUUGAAACACUUGGCAGCCCUCACUACGUGCACCUACAGGGACUCAUGCCGGUGUCUGGAAUGUCAGAGCCGCUACUUCGAAUGCGACGAAGACGAGGAAUCCUCGGAAGAUGAUGAGUACGAGUAUUACGCGGCUCUCUACGCGAGCCAGGUCAACAAGUGCCAGCAUGAUGAUGACGAGGUAUUUAUAGACACUGUGCCUGAAGACAAUGCGUCCACCGACAUGUUGCUGGACGCGGACGAGCCUAAAGAUAAGUCCGUCUCGUCGGACAACGUGUCCGACAACACGGAACCGGAACCCGACGCGCAUCUAGAGAUGGAGGUCGCAGCCGGCACGCCUAUAGUCCUCAACUAUCUACUCACCCAUCCCUUCCACUGCUGUAUCCAGUAGGACAGCAACA